UAGAACAGCUUGAUAAUGGCAGUUUACAUAUAUGUAUAUAUGUCAUAUUUGUUUUACGUGCAUUCAUUAACGAACUUUAAAUCGAUACCUAUUUCAGGCCCUGCAACUUUAUAACGAAAUCACGCCCAAAGUCAUACUCAGUGGACCAACGAAUUUUGCUCCACUGAUCUACGAAUCAAUAGAAAUAUGUAAACUGAUCAAUGAUUAUCACAUUCUGGUGAUCGUAGCCGAUGGCCAAGUGACUAACGAAAGAGCAACAAGACGUGCCAUUGUGGACGCUUGUAAAUAUCCCUUGUCAAUUAUAGUCGUUGGCGUAGGUGACGGACCGUGGGAAAUGAUGAGGGUUUUCGACGAGUCAUUACCAAAACGAACAUGGGACAACUUUCACUUCCUUGAAUUCCAUAACAUUUUUCAGCAGAAUGAAAUGCCUCAUCUGUCAUUCGCUAUCGAUGCCCUGAUGGAGAUUCCUGACCAAUACAAAACGAUCAAGAAACUAGGCUUGUUGCACAAGAACGAAUUAAAACGCUAA